AAGAGGAGACAUGAGAAGUCGAUGAUCGGAAUUGAUGAGAUAGACUCAGAAGAAGACAGCGAUGAAGAGGAGCUGGCUAAUUUCGUAGCAUUCAUUGGCAUCACAGAGUUCGUGGAAGGGGAAACUGACACUGAUGAUGAUCAGUCAAGCGUAGACGGUGAUGAUGGAAUUGACUACCAAGAACUAUGUCAGACAGUGGUUCAGAUUGGUAAGGAGAAUCUGUGUCUCAAAAAGGAGAAAAGCUGGUUGGAAGACACGGUGAUAAAUCUCAGAAAAGAACUCGAUGAUGAAAGAAAAAAAGAGGCAUAUACCUCAGAUCUAAAAAAGGAGAAUGAGCGGCUUGUUGUCCAAAUUGAAGUACUAGAGAAACAAGUGAAAAACGAGAAGGCCCGAUCGUCUGACUUAAAUGCCAAACUGGAACAUCAUUACAAGACUGUCAGGAUGCUCAUUGGGUCAAAGGAACUUGAUAAAAUCUUGAGUCUAGGAAGACAGGAUCAGACUCCUAGAGGUCUAGGAUACACUGGGUAUGGAAAGAGUGAUACAUGACCUAUCAAAUUUGUCCC